CUAUCAAAACAGUAUAUUACAAGUAUUAGUAUAGAUUUUAAGAUGACUAUCUAAAGUCCUGCUUUUUUGUUUCGAAGGUGAUCGAGGAGGGUAACAUCACUUCACAAAACUGUUAGAUGACUAAACAAAUCGUAUCACCUCCAGAGCGAGGCCUUACCUCUCCGCCUUUUGCAAACUUUUGUUAUUAACUCAACGGUUAUUUUCUUCCCUCAUCUUAAUUAUCCUGACUUGAUCUUUCAUUCCACAUUCCGUUUCAAGUUAGAAUGUAUUAUCAAUCUUUGUAUGCCCCUGUCACUCUUUUUUCUGUGAGUAAAAAUGGAUCGGAUUGCACCAUGUUAUCUUUGAAUUUGAAUAUUUACCCAAUGAAACUGUAUAUAUUGAUGUUUCUUUGUUUGUGCUUAAUCAUUAAUUGCUUCACUGCCGUCAUAAUACAGGUAUGCUAGGUAGGAAGAUCUUUGCUCUUGGUAUGAAGUCUGGGAGGAUAACCGAUUCUGCUAUCACAGCAAGCAGCGAGUACAACACAUACACGAGGGCUGCACAUGGCCGUUUGAACAAGAACUUUUCAUGGCGACCCAAAGAAGAUGAGCAUUCGUGGAUUCAGGUCGAUCUCUCAUACCCUAACAACAUCGUUGGCAUAGGAACGCAAGGGGGAUAUGGAAAUCACAAAGAUGGCUGGGUUACAUCGUAUGUGGUCGGCUGUGGUGAAAACAACGUAACGAUCAACAAUAUUUCUGCACAAAAUGAUUCGGAAAUUCGAUUCGUAUAG